AUGGCCCAUACACAGCCGCAACCGCAACCGACCCUCCUACUCUCAGCCCCUCACCUUCCCCUCGCAACCGCCCUAACUUCCACCGUCCCCCUUCCCGCCCUCGCAGUAAUCCAAUGGUGCGUCUUCGAAAACCGGAAUCGAUCUGAGGUCAUGGCUCUUUACAACGCCUCCGGCUACGGAACGCAUUACACGCCCUCUGGAGUCUACAAGAUCAUGCGCAAGUAUGGUCCGAUUUGGUUCAAUGAACAACAGGUACGCCGACCAUGGGGGCUGUAUUUUUCUGAGGAGAAGGCGGAGUUGAUACGGAGGGGGUGGGGGAAGGAUGAUUUGGUCAUGGCAGGAGCGGGAGGAGUGGCAGAUGAGAUGGUGGUUGAUCCAUUGGCGGGGUGGGUGGCGGGACCUGGAAAGAAACGGGUGAGGCGUUCGAGGGUGGUGAGGUUUGAGGAGGAGGAUGAUGAGAGCACUGCGGGUGCGAGCUCGGCAGAAUCUUCUAGGAGCGAGAGUCCGGUUUCCGACCAUCGGUCUUUCGAGAGUCCAUCUGUUGAAGAUCAUCCAGUUGUCCACCAAGAUAUUGGGGUGCCCAUACCCGAGGAGCUUAAAGUAGCGAUCCAAGAAAAGCACAACGAGUGGUUGGAAGCAAACAAGACGGGGAGAGCGGAUAUUGCAGAUCCACUGGAGGAGCAGUUGGCAGAUCUGGAGAGGCAAGCGAUGGAGGGACGAUAUACGCACGCACUGGAGACGGCAAGCAAGCGCAAGCCCCAGGCGGCUACGUCGUCUGCCGCCAGCGACGGUCCACCUAAUUCCGCGCAGGACGCCACAAACGAGGUGGAAAUCAUAGAGGAUAGCGACGAGAUUGAAGGCGGUCAGUCGGCAAAGAAGUCGAAGACUACAGCUCGUCCAGCCUCGCGCACUCAGGAAAAGGCAAAACUCGUCCGUCUUCUCGCCGAUAAGCAGUGGCUAAGCGGGCGAAACACAUUUAUCUUCAACUUUGAUAGGAAGACCAAGGAUCCCGGCCAGCGGAGACGGUCCCUGAGAUCGAAGUGGGCGAUCCAGAUGCGGAGAUUCAGCGGUUCAAGGUUCAAGGUUCAUCGCGCGAGCAUGCAGCACUGGUCCUUCAUUCGCGACGCACUGGUCGCGGUCGCGCUCGAGGUUCCACUCACCCUCCGCGGUCACGGAGCCGAUUGA